AAAACCGACCGAUUCAGUUCGCUCCAACUAUGUCUCGAACAUAGUUUUGUUCUGGGUUCUUCGACAUUUCAACAAACAGUUAGAGCUCCAACUUGGUUUUAAGUUCUGUUCUGUACCAAAAUGAGCGAUUAUGGACCUACUUGCCAAUUCUUUGCCCCAUAUCUUGAAUCCGGCGACAACAGGUAUCAACUAAAGCCUGAAUUUCCCAAUGCUGAUAAAGAUUUCAAAGAUCUCUCUGACAUUGAAAGCCAACCUUUCAAGAAACCCAGAACUUCUGAAGUCGUAUUGAUCUCUGCGAUUCCCAUGGCGCAGAAUAAAACGUUGCCUUGUAAUUUCAAAACGAGACUUUGCAAUAACUUCAAAAUGGGUAAUUGCCAUUAUGGGCAGGGAUGUUGUUUUGCCCAUGGAAUUAGUGAUCUCCGCAAGACUUGGCGUAAUUGGCAAGGACUGGAAACUGAGGAGGGCUUCAAGGCCAGGACUUGUGAUCAUAGAAGAACUUCUAAUGAUGUAUGCAGAUUGUUCUUUAAUGGGGGAAAAUGCACAUAUGGAGACAAAUGCCGCUAUCCUCAUCAUGUAACUCCUGAAAACAUCAGAGAGAAGUCAGCGAUAAGUAUUUCAACUACUGGGGCUCACAUUGGUGGUUCUGGUCAAUUUUACAGCAAGAGGUCUUUGGUGGAAUCUGGAAGUGUGCAGAAUUCGAGGACUUCUUCUACAAGUAUGUCAAAACGUAGGAUGGGAAUUGGGGCUACUUAUCGCAAACAACUGCAGGGUAGGGAAUGCAACUUCAAGUGGAACGAACUAGAGAAAAUGAGUCGCAUCUAUGCUGAUUGGAUUGAAGAUAUCCCCCUUGUACGUGGCUCAUCAAGCAAAGCGGAGUGCUGAUCGAGUUUAGUUUGAUAUGUGUAAAGGAAGAGAUUAGUUCUGUAUUCUUCCUGUACAGAUAGGAAGUUUGUUGUGUUUUCCUAGAUCUAACACCUUAGUUUUGUUGAACAAGUGCGGGAUUGACGUUUGAUCUCGAUACAUGGCUUAUGGCUUAAUAAUCAGAAGAUGCUUUGUAUGACUCCAACUCUGCUGAAUCAGGAGAAUCCAACUCGACCAGAAAACCAGCAAACCUAAGUCCCUACAAAGUUCUUAUAUCUUGAUUUUCCCCUAUCUCUGUUAUCCAGGGAUUUCAGUCGUUACUUUGCUUUUUGUAAAGGCAUGUUUUCUUUUUACAAGAUGUCGUGUGUCAAAUGGAUGUAACUAGCAGAAAAUUGGUUCGUGUAGUGUGAACUGACUUGAAAAUGUUAUUUGCAAGUAACUGUCA